AUGAGUAUCUCUGCUGGCACUUGGAUGUUAGAUGGGAAAGUCCUGGUGUUCUGGUACCCAGAUAAAUUUAUAGUCAGUGACAGUUACAAAGGGCAAAUAUCUUUCAACUUGUCCACAAGUCAGAUCUCUGUGUAUUCAGUACAAGUGAACAAUUCUGGUCUCUAUGUACUGCAAGGCAUGACCCCACCUGUAAACGCAGAACUUAAACUUUCUGUUCAGGAGCCAAUCAGGAAUGUUUCUCUGACAGUAAGUAAAACAAAUCUGGUGGAGUUUAAUGACAGUGUCACGUUCACCUGCACUGCCCGUGGCACAGCAUUAGUGUUCUCAUGGUAUAAUGGCAGCUAUGAGGUCACAACAGCCAAAGUUCAACUCAUUAAUGAUGGAAGUGGUCUGAUUAUUAGCAAUGCAACCAGAUAUGACAGUGGGCCUUUCAGGUGUUCCGUGGCGAACAGCAUCAGUAAUGGAACAAGCGGCUCAAUUUCCCUCAAUGUCAGCUAUGGUCCCAGCAACCUGACAAUGACAUUUCUGCCAAACAUGAUUGGAUACAUUUCAGGAUCAAACAUCACUUUGUCCUGUUCUUGUGAAUCCAAACCUGCAGCAUUAUUCCAAUGGUCCUACAAUGGCAUUUCUUUUAAUAUAACCAGCCCAACCUUCCAGCUUACCAAUGCUACUCAGAACCAGACAGGAGUUUAUGUCUGCACUGCUCAAAACACAGUGACUCUCAGAUAUGCCACAGUCACCAGAACCAUCAGCAUCAUUGACCCAAUAUCCGCUGCUCCAGUGUUGUCUGCUGGUGAACCACCAAUAUUCAAUAAUUCAUUUGCCCUGAAUUGUGAUGUCACGGGACCUGUGGACUCUGUUUAUUGGAUUAAGGACGGCGUGUACCUAUUUCCUGACAGCCGACUUUCUCUCUCCAACCAAAACAAGACGCUCACAUUUAAUCAGCUCACUCUCUCUGAUGAUGGAAAAUACCAGUGUGUAGCAAGCAACGCUGUGAGCAAUGUGACCAGCAUGGCCUACUAUCUAAUAGUUAAUUAUGGUCCAUGGUUCACUAGGAUUUCUGGCCCAGACAAUGCUGAAGUAGGUUCUAAUGUGACACUAAAUUGCUCUGCUUCCUCUCAACCUGCCAGUCAAUACAGCUGGUUCUUCCAAGGUUCUAAAGUGGCGGAGGGCUCUGUGUAUCAGGCUGACUCUCUUUCAAUAAACAGCAGUGGGGAAUACACUUGCCUAGCCCACAAUAACUUCACAGGAAUAAACAGCAGUGCUACAUGGAAUUUAACUGUCAUUGUGGGCAUUUCCUCAGUGGUGGUGACUCCCAGCACUCUCAUCCCUCUGGCCUCCAAGGAUAUGCAGCUCUUUUGUAAUGUGUCUGGCCUUUUUAAAAGCAUCCAGUGGCUAAAAGACAACCAGAUAUUAAAUACAACAGUCACAAACUCCAUUUAUAUGAAUGACACCACUGUAGAGUUCCACCCUCUACAGAUCACUGAUGAUGGAUCAUAUCAGUGUGUUGCCACAAAUACUUUUCGACCACAUGUUAGCCUGCCUUACCAUCUAAUAGUUAAUUAUGGGCCAGUAGACGUGACUAUAACAGUUGACAUCAAGGCCACCAUUGUCUUAAAGUGUAAUGCGAAGUCUCAGCCACCAAGUGUUUACCACUGGUUCUUUAACAACACUUUCAUUAAAGAAGAUGCCAUGUUAGUUUUAUCAUUAAUGUCUCCUCUCUGUAACAACUACACCUGUGUGGCCAUAAACCCCCUGACCAAUCACACAUUGUCAACUUCCUAUGUUAUUUCAGAACCUAAUGCAGCACCUCCUCUUCAGACUAGCGUGUUGCUGACUGCCUUGUGUGCUCUUGUUCUUCCUGUAUUAAUGUUGAUGAAGCCCUUCUGAGCUGCUAAUUGAGGCCUGCUAACUGACUUGCGAAUCGACUGUAUUGUGCAUUCCUCUCUGCCUGAAGUCUAACAUAUUAAUUUUAUUAUCCACGCUCCCUCUCUGAGGAACAGAUUAAAGCCAGAUAUUUAAAUUAUUUCUUUUUUCCUGAAGUAUCAUAAUCAAUAUUAAGAAUAUUAAACUUUGAAUUCCUACACAAGUCAUAUGUUCUCUAUGGAUAUACAGUGAUCUCUGGGGUGUGAUGGUUGUUUUGUCAGAGGCAUAAAUAAUGACAGAGGACCGGAUGACUUAGAGCUGUUUUCCAGAAAAUUCUCUUUUACUCCACAUACCUAAAUGACAUGCAGAGAACUGGGUGACAGCAGGGCAAGUCUUGGCAUAUUCAAGUCUUAUGGGUUUUUUCUCUAAACCAAUCAACCAUCAAAAUGUCCUACAAGUACCUCUAUCAAUAGUGCACAUUAAUUUCGCCAGGACAGGGGGAAAAAACUGUCAGACUGAUCAAUGCUUACACAAAUGAUAAUUUUUCAGCAGGGCAUUGUGUUUAUUAAACAUUUGUACUCGCUGCUAUCCUUGCAUAAAUUAUACUGGCUAUACUUGCUUUUUUUCUACUUUUUUCCUUAUAUUUAAUAGACAAAGGAUUAAAUCACUGCCAUGUUAUUCUUCACGGUUUAAAACCCCUCAUUAUAUAGUCUUUGUACUAAUACUUUAUUUAUUGUUACUUUUUUUUUUUUUACAAACAUGAACCAUGCACACUUUCAUUCAAACUACUUUUAUAUUAUUAGUUAAUUGAACAUCAUAGACAAUACACAUUGAAUGAUAGUGAUUUAUACUUUUUAAUGAGAUUGGAUUAAAUUGUGAUAAAAUACAGCUAAAUAAUAUUUUUCUAGCAAAUAUAUCAUCAGAAGGCACUUUGUGAAAAUUGUAUCUAUAUUCUACAUGCAAUCUGUAUACUUGUACUUAUGCAUAAUAUUGUAGUGAAAUAAAUGAUUUAUGGUAUCGCCCA